AUGGAGAAAAUGAAUGUCCGUUUUUUAAUUGCGUUGAUGGUGAUGUCUCUGGUUCUGGGUUUCUCGUCGGCAGUUGAUUUCAGAUGGAGGAAAACGGCGGGAUUCUCUGAUAGAUUCACCAGAGCCGUUUCUUCAGUUGUGUUCCCAGUUCAUGGGAACGUUUAUCCUCUUGGGUAUUACAAUGUUACCAUCAACAUAGGACAACCACCAAGACCUUAUUAUCUUGAUCUUGACACUGGUAGUGAUCUCACAUGGCUCCAAUGUGAUGCUCCUUGUGUUCGUUGCUUGGAGGCACCUCAUCCACUUUAUCAGCCUAGCAACGAUCUGAUUCCUUGCACUGAUCCACUUUGUAAAGCAUUGCAUAUUAAUGGUAACGAUAGAUGUGAGGCUCCAGAGCAAUGUGACUAUGAGGUUGAGUAUGCUGAUGGAGGAUCUUCUCUUGGCGUUCUUGUUAGAGAUGUCUUCUCUUUGAACUAUACGGAAGGUCUCCGGCUCACCCCUCGUCUUGCUCUCGGAUGCGGAUACGAUCAGAUCCCAGGGGCUUCGAGUCAUCAUCCUCUAGAUGGAGUAUUAGGGCUUGGUAGAGGGAAAGUAAGCAUCCUGUCGCAGCUUCAUAGCCAAGGUUAUGUGAAGAAUGUUAUCGGUCAUUGCUUAAGCAGUCUAGGUGGAGGAGUUCUGUUUUUCGGCAACGAUCUUUAUGAUUCUUCAAGGGUCUCUUGGACACCCAUGUCCCGUGAAAACUCUAAACACUACUCUCCGGCAAUGGGAGGGGAACUUCUGUUUGGGGGAAGAACAACGGGACUGAAGAAUCUAGCGACAGUAUUUGACAGUGGCAGUUCUUACACGUACUUUAAUUCCAAGGCAUACCAGGCAGUAACGUACUUGCUAAAAAGGGAGCUAAGUGGAAAACCGUUGAAAGAAGCACGGGACGAUCACACGCUGCCUUUAUGUUGGCAAGGACGUAGACCGUUCAUGAGCAUUGAAGAAGUCAAGAAGUAUUUCAAGCCUCUAGCUUUGAGCUUCAAAACCGGCUGGAGAUCCAAAACUAUGUUUGAAAUUCCCCCAGAAGCUUAUCUCAUCAUUUCCAUGAAAGGGAAUGUAUGUUUAGGGAUCUUGAAUGGCACAGAGAUUGGUCUCCAGAACUUAAACCUCAUCGGCGAUAUAUCGAUGCAAGAUCAGAUGAUAAUCUAUGAUAAUGAGAAGCAAUCCAUCGGGUGGAUUCCAGCGGAUUGCGAUGAACUUGCUUCACUAAAAGCUGCUGCUCAAGUGUAUGAAUAUUAA